AUGUCAUCAGGGUGUGAAGGCGGGUGGCCUGGCUACCCCUAUUGCGCAUAUCCGCCACCUCCGCCGCCACAGUGGUCGGCCCAUCCUCACCACCAUUACCACCACCACCAUCACCACACGCCGGACUUCUGCUCGCCUCAACCACCUGCGCCGCCGCCGCCUCUGGUGACCUACGGUGAUGGCAGCGCGAUACCGCCGUGUCCGCAGCACUACUGGGACGGGGACGACCUGGUAGACGAGUGUGGGCGUGUGAUCCGACGAAAGACGUCGGCCAACAAGAAGGAGCGUCGGCGCACCCAGAGCAUCAACAACGCCUUCGCGGAGUUGCGGGAGUGCAUCCCCAACGUCCCGGCCGACACCAAGCUCUCCAAGAUCAAGACGCUGCGCCUCGCCACCUCCUACAUCGCCUACCUGAUGGAGGUCCUGCACACGGAGGACUCCACCGCCGCCCCCCCGCCCGAGCCCUUCCGCGCCAAUCUGCCGCCCAGAACCAGGCCUUCCCAGGCCAUCUCCGGCGACCACGACAAGGACGAGAGCGACAUGGAGACGGAGCCCACCACGCCCACGGGGACCGCCCAGGGUAGCGGCGCCUCUGCCACCUCGCCCAGCGGCGCCGCCUCCGUCUCGCCCUCGUCGUCCACCACGUCGCCGCCCGAGGGAGGGGCGCUCGAGAGGCGGAAAGGCAGGACGGGCUGGCCGGAGACCGUGUGGGCGCAGGAGCUCAAGCACUAGAGGGGCGUCGGGCGGAGUCCUGCAGCGGAUACCCGUUGGGGAUCCCCGGUGGAGCCUAGGUGAAGCCUCCGGUGAAGCCCCGAGGCAGAGUGAGGAGGCGUUCGGGAACUCUUCAGGAGCCUUGGCCGCGCGUCGCGAAGGUCCUCCGGGCUCGGGUUGUAAAAGGCUAUUGUGUCGCUGUUCGUCUGGCGCGUCCUUGCCGUAUGUUCCGCUUCUAACUUCCGUUUCAUUCUAAUCUUUCUUCCUCUCUCUGUGUCUGUUUUAUCUCAUGAUUUUCUAUUUCUUUCUUAUUCCUUCUUAUUCUCCUCACGUUAGUCUUCUUCGGUUGUCACGUUUUUCUUCGCCAUCAGUGAACAUCGUGAGAAGGAUCUUUUACACAAGCGAAACGAACCAGGAACGUUUGGAGAGAAACGUUUGAGUUUCUUUUGAAAGUUUUAGAUGCACGUUUUUUCCAGUCUGUUUACAUUUUGAUUUGACUGUAUUUAACCAAAGAGAUUACAUAACAUGAGAUGGAUAACAUGCUUAUAUUUCGGCAGUCGCUGGAUUUUCCCUACUUUAAAAAAUCUGUGAAUAUGAAUUCAGAGAGAAAGAGAAAAAAAAAUCCUACAGCUAAAUUCCUGGCUCGUUUCAUUCCUUUGUAAAUAUAUGUAGUCUUGAUGUACCAGUUGUUUUUUCCUACUUGGUUCGUCUUUGGCUGCUUCCUGUAACCAAAAAUAUAAAUUGAGAAACGUUUAGUGUAAGGCAACGGAAGGUAUAUGUUGUGUCCAGGACAGCAGAGCUACUCGAGAAUCGAUAGAUUUAUGACUGACUGUGUUCCGAAAUAGAAACGUUAUUUUGUGAUUUAGGAGCAAAGUGUGUUCUGUGGGAGAUGGUCUCCCUUGUGUGUUAUUUUAGUUUCCCGUUUAACUGAGGAAAAUGUAUAUUUCUUGAAAUUGACUAUGUGAAAAAUAUCAUCAGUUGUUUACAAAUUUGUAUACCAGCAUCCUUAUAUACGUAACAUCAUAUACAGAUUUCAUUCUGUCAUGUGAUUAGUCUUACAUUAAUGAUCAUAGUAAUGUUAGUUUAUGAUAUGAUUGGAAAUAUAUUUACGAUUUGUAUUAUAACUGUCCAGUGAUACAAACAUGAAGUGGUGUGAGCAUCGAACUAUUCAGAAGAAUUCCUGGACGAGCAUUCACGGAGCCCGGAGUCCUGGCCGGCUGUACCUCCCACACUAACUCAUAAUAUAGUCUAGCUCGUCUUUCAUAGUUUUAACUUUUUAGUUGAUUCUUUUUUGUCUCAGAUAUACAUAUAUAUAAAUAUAUAUAUAUAAAGUUCCCAGUGAUUGAGGGAUCAAGUUUUACGGGAGCGGCGGCGAAGAAAGGCCUCUCCAGGGUUUUUUUUAAGAAUGAAGUGAUCCAUUUCGAGGUUUAGGAGUGGUUGUGCUGCCUCGAUUUUUCAGAAAUGUUCUUUUAGAGGUAGUGAUAACACACACACACACACGCACACACACACACACACACACACACACCACACACACACACACACACACACACACACACACACACACACACACACACACACAC